AAUCAAUAUAUAUAGAGAGAGAGAGAGAGAAGGGCAUGUUCAAGAAUUGGGGGGUUUCAGUGUAUUGCUUGCCUUGUAAUUCAUUUCAAUUCCAAGUUGGCAAAUGCUGGGGGAAAUCUUUGGAUGAAAUCUGGUCAGAUCUUGCUUUAUGGGGUGUGGAUUUUUGGUGGGGACUUAAGUUUUCAAUACAUACCCUUUCUCUCUCUAACUCUUUCUCUAUAAUCUUCAAACCAAAGAGAAAAUCAUUACAGCUAGCCCCUUCUUCUUCUUCUUCUCCCUACCAAAUUCUCUACAGCUUCAAAAACCCUAAUCUUGUUUCUUAAAUUAUACAAAGACUUGAAGAAAUGGGGAUGGCUGCAACUGAAGCACAAUUCCAUGUAUUGGCAGUUGAUGAUAGUCUUAUUGACAGAAAACUCAUCGAGAGGCUUCUCAAGACAUCUUCCUACCAAGUGACUACAGUAGAUUCUGGUAGCAAAGCUUUGGAAUUUCUUGCCCAGAGAUGUGAAUCAAAUGAUGCAUUUGUUUCUCCAACUAACAAUAAUCAUCAUGAAGUCGAAGUGAAUCUUGUCAUUACAGAUUACUGUAUGCCUGGAAUGACAGGCUAUGACUUGCUCAAGAAAAUGAAGGAAUCCUCAAUCCUUAAAAACAUUCCAGUGGUGAUUAUGUCAUCGGAGAAUGUCCCAUCAAGAAUCAACAGAUGCUUGCAAGAAGGGGCUGAGGAAUUCUUCCUUAAGCCUGUAAGGUUGUCAGAUGUCAACAAAUUAAGACCCCAUAUGGUAAAAGCCACCAAAUGCAAUUCUAUUAUCGACACUAAUUUUCAAAAGCCUGCUGGAGAAGAUGAACAGCUACAGUUACAGUUACAGUCACAGUCACACCCCACAUCACAGUCCAAUAAUAAAAGAAAACAGCAGCCCCUCGAUGGUGGAGGAGGAGAGCUGUCACCCCAGAGAAGAACUAGGGCAAGAUACAGUGACCUCACAGUCCUGUCAAGUUAAAAUUAUAUAUAUAUAUAUAUUGUAUAACCUGUUUUUCUUAAACUUUUUAUGGGUGGUGGUUGUAAGGGUUAAUACAUGAAAGGAUUUUGUACAGGGUAAAAAAGAUGAUGAUGAUAUUUGUACACACAGUAAAUUACAGUGAUGCCCAAUUUUGUAUUA